AAUCGAAACCGACCAACCGUGAAAGUUAGUGGUUGGCCGGACCACUUACCCUGGAAACGCUCGCCCAUAUAGAAGUGCGUCGCGACGCGGCCGCCAGUUUCGUUCAGCUCCCAUCCCGAAAUCGCUUACACCUUCGCCAUGAAGUUUCUUUCUGUUUUAAUAUUAGCUGUAAUUAUACCUAUUUACGUCACUGGUGAUGCGUUCGGUGAUCUUUUGGGGCAAGAAAUACAAGAGCCAACUAUCGCCCAUAUCCGCGAGAAGAGGCAAUCGGGUCACUUUCGUACAGUGAACCAAGCACCACCACCUCAGAUACAGCAACUGAUACACGCGCAACAAUCCCGUCCACCAUUGGUGCCCGUUCCACCGCAACCAAUUCCAAAACUGGGUCCAUCUCAACCCAUCCAGCCUCAGCAAUUAUCACAGGCGCAGGUAUCUCAGUACAAACCGCAAGUGACAUUCGCCUCUGGUGUCCAACAACCGGAUUACAAAUCGAUUCCAGUGAACAGUGGUCAAUACAAGAAACCGAUUCUUCCUCAGCAACCCCAGUAUCGUCCUCUUCCUCAGCAACCUCAGUACCGCCCUCUUCCUCAGCAACCCCAAUACCAACCCCUCCCUCAGCCUAGUUAUAAUGCAGCUCCGCAAUACAACAGCAAACUGCCACCCCACAUCCAGCAAUUAUUGCAAUUUCAAAAUAGUUUGAGUAACACGAUUCCUGGAAAAGCAUAAUAGGAUUUUUGAGAAAA